GCUUUCUGGGGCUGGGAACCGAGGGAGGCCGCAACAAGUUCAGCUGAAGACAGAAGCAAGAGCUGGGUCAGGUGGCAGCCACAGCAGCCUCAGGGCCUUCAGCAGCUAUGGCCUCCUGCCCAGAUUCGGACAACAGCUGGUUGCUUGCCAGCUCAGAGAGCCUGCCCGUGGAGACCCUGGGCCCAGAGUCCGGGAUGGACCCGGAGCCUCAGAGAGCUCCCCAGACCCCUGGGAGCUCCUCCAAGGCAGAUGGCGAAGAAUUAGCUGGGACCUUGGAUGGAGAAGAGACCCUCUUCCAGAGUGAAAGCUCCCAGUCUGAUCCCAUUCUGCCAGAGGAGACUGAGGCCAAGGGCGUCCUGGAAGGUGAUGGCCAUGGUGUGGAGUCACCUGGCUCAGGAGACACAGUGAUCCUGGGAGACUUAGAGGAGACCCCCGUGGUGGCAGACCAGGGACUGGACACACAGGACCUGGAGGAUCAGAGCUUGGAACAGAUUCUGCCUGCAUCCCCCAAAGCAGCUUGGAUCAGGGAGGAGGCCCGCUGCACCAGCAGCGAGGAUGACACUGAUGUGGACGUGGAGGGCCUGCGGAGACGGCGAGGCCGGGAGCCCGGUGCUCCGCAGCCUGCGGCGCCCCUGGGUGUGGAGGAUGAGGCCAGAGGCCAGGGCGCACGCGGGGAGCUGGGCAUCUCCCUCAACACGUGCCUCCUCGGGGCCCUGGGUCUGCUGGGCCUAGGGAUCCUCCUCUUCUCUGGUGGCCUCUCAGAGUUGGAGAAUGGGCCUGUGGAGGAAGUGGAUCUGCAGGUCCUUCCAGAUGCUACAGUGGACGCGAAGACGCUGGAUGCUGUGGAGGCGCAGGAUGGGCUAAGGCAGCAGCUGCAGGCCUCAGCACCCCCUGACAGUGUCCCCAGCCUGCAGAACAUGGCUCUUCUGUUGGACAAGCUGGCCAAGGAGAACCAGGACAUCCGCCUGCUGCAGGCCCAGCUGCAGGCCCAGAAGGAAGAGCUUCAGAGCCUGAUGCACCAGCCCAAGGGGCUAGAAGAGGAAAACGCUCGGCUCCGAGGGGCCCUGCAGCAGGGCAAGGCCUUCCAGAGGGCCCUGGAGUCGGAGCUGCAGCAGCUGCGGGCCCGCCUCCAGGGGCUGGAGGCCGACUGCAUCCGGGGGACAGACGGGGUGUGCGUCAGCUGGGGCAGAGGUCCACAAGGUGGCAAGGUCACCAAGGAUCAAGGCCCUCAGGGGCAGGAGCCAGGCACUGGUUUCCUAGAGCAGAAGGAACAGCUAGAGGCCGAGGCCCAGGCAUUAAGGCAAGAGUUGGAGAGGCAGCGGCGGCUCCUGGGGUCUGUACAGCAGGACCUGGAGCGGAGCUUGAGGGAUGCUGGCCAAGGGGACACAGCUCACGCUGGCCUUGCUGAGCUGGGCCACAGACUGGCCCAGAAGCUGCAGGGUCUGGGGAGCUGGGACCAGCAACCGGGGAUCUCUGCCAAUGCCUCAGACGCCUGGCAUCAGGAGCCCCGCUUCCAGGGUUCCAGAGAGGGGAGUGGAAAGGAGAAGUGGAGGGAUGGGCAGGGGGACCGGAAGGCUGAGCACGGGAAGCAUAAAAAGGAGGAAUCUGGUUGGGAAAAGAAGAAGAGCUGGAGGAGUGAGGAGGAUGUGGAGCUGGCAGGGAGGUGGAAGGAGGGCAGGCCAAAGGCAGAGGAAUGGGGCAGGAAGGAUGGUAAGCGACAGGGCCCCAAGGAGCCCUCCAGGAAAAGUGGGAGUCCCCACUCCCCUGGAGAAAAGCAGAAGCACCCUCAGUGGAAGGAGGGCGCUAAAGACAGACAUGACCCGCAGCCAUUCUGGGCAGAGCUCACGAGGCACAAGUACCGGGCACCCCAGGGCUGCUUGGGCGUGCACGAGUGUGCCCGACAGGAGGGCCUGGCCUUGUUUGGCAUUGAGCUAGCGCCCGUUCGGCAUCAGGAGAUGGCCUCUCUGCUGAGGACAUAUCUGGCACGGCUGCCCUGGGCCAAGCAGCUGACGGAGGAGCUACCCCUCUCGCCAGCUUACUUCGGUGAGGAUGGCAUCUUCCGCCAUGACCGUCUCCGCUUUCGGGACUUUGUGGAUGCCUUGGAGGACAGCCUAGAGGAGGUGGCGGUGCAACAGACAGGUGAUGACGAUGAGGUGGAUGACUUUGAGGACUUUAUCUUCAGCCACUUCUUUGGAGACAAAGCACUGAAGAAGAGGUCCGGGAAGAAAGACAAGCACCUUCGGAGCCCCAGAGUCGUGGGGCCCGGGGAGGAGCACAGUCACCGCCGCAGGGGCUGAGCCCUGCUGCUGUGUGACCCUGGGGACUGUUAGAAACUGCCAUCUCUCCUGGCUGCUUUGGAGGAGAGCAAAAUCGCCUAGCCCUGCACUGGUGCCACUUUCUCUAGAAAAAGGCCUUAGCUGGGCCUGCCUUGUCUUCUGUGCGAAUGCCCACGAGUGUCCAGGGCCCUGAGCCGCGACCCUUGGCAGGCUGAUUGUGCCGUGCCACAUGUGAAAGGGGGUGGGAGAGGAGCUUGUUUUCUGGGGAGAUGGGAUGGGGAGAAGCGGGGGAAGGCAUUCUGAUUCUGAAACCAAAGAGCUUUCCACCUCUGGUGUGUGUCCUGCCCCAGAGUGGCAGAGUGGGCCCUGGGCCCCAGCCCCUGACCCGUGCCUUCUGGGGUUUGAGAAUUGCUGGCUGAAGGCCCAGAAUCAGGGCUUUCCCUGGGGUUUUAUUAGAUUUGGAAGCAGCUAUCUCCAGGGGGUGAAGUCCCGUUCUUACACUGGCUUCUCACAUGGCCUCACCUCCUCAUUUGACUGUAAAUUCAGAUCCCAAUAAAGAGCUGUUGGAGCUGUGACACCGGAUGGGUCUCUGUUACUUGUUUCUAAGUGCAGGGAUACACAUUCCCACUGCCUCGUAGGCACUGGCACUUGCCGCCUGCCAUAUACUCAUUUCCCUUUUCUCACCCUCCCAACAGCUUCAGGCCCCCUGGGCUGGAACACCCCAUUUGCUUACAGCUGCCUUGCCUACACCCUUGCAAGAUACAGAAAAACGAGCAUGGGUUUUGGCAUCCAAGCCCUGGGCUCAAAUCCAGGCUGAGUAAUCUUGGGCAAGUGGAUUUCCAGGAACCUUGUGUUUCUUAUCCUCAUAAAAGGGGUUUGAAGGGCUUGGGGAGACAUUAAA